AUGGGGACUCAUGUUCCUGUACCUGUCAAUGUCCUAAACAGACGAUUCCUUCGCAUGGAUUUGCCAGUCUACGAGUGCAUACCUGAAGUCGAACUCCAGGCAGGAAUUCAAUAUCCAAUUCCAUUUCACUUCGUCGUUCCUAUACAGCUUCCAGUUCAGUUCUGUCCUCACAAGUGCAUGAAUAUUCAGGUCAACCAAGAGCACCUGAAUCUACCCGCAAGUCUGGGACACACUGAUCGGUUCUUCGAUAAUGCUCACGAUAUGGCACCUAAGGAAGCAAAGAUAUCAUAUGCAAUCACAUUCACGAUAAGAAACCCUGGUGGAAAGAAUAAACUUUGGAAGAAGACUCGAGAAUACAAGCAUCCUAUCUAUAUCCUCCCCAAGGCCUCAGAGAACGCGCCUAUCCUUAUCCCACCGGAUAGUUGGUUCUAUCAGCUCAAUGCACAGAAAGCACUCAAGAAAGGGAUAUUUCAACCAUCAGUCGGCUCUUUAUCUGCAUCAACAUUCCAGCCUCCAGCAAUUGAGCUAUCUGGAGCCUCUCAAUCUCAGAAUACCGCAAAAUUGUCAACAACUUUAAAAGUCAAUCUUGCUUUUGAACCUGCAAAUCCAGAUAGCAUGCUCCCAAGGUCGAUAUUCACAAAAGUCAAGUUGAAGGCUAUGACAUUUUUUGGUGUGGAGCCCUGGGAGGACUUCCCAGACCUGACCCAUCCCGGUGACUGGGAUACUCGAAGAGCUUAUUGGUCCGAUAGUGUGCCAGUAUUAUCGGACGAGAUAGUGCCCAAUUGGAGUCUUUGCAUACGGAGCGAUGAUGGCGAGAUGGGAAAACGAACGGUAUAUACUGCGUCCAUGGAGAUAUUGGUCACGCUGCCUACCAGUCGGGUCUAUCCUCCGACAUUCCAUUCUUGUUUUAUCUCUCGAGUGUAUUCCCUGUCAGCGAAUUUCAGUUUUCGGCCUCACAAAACAGGAAAAAGAGGCUCUAACAUCAUAUUGGCAGCGCCUGUGCAGAUUGUUGAAGCAUGA